UAUCUAAGCUGAUUACGGUACCGUCGUCGUCACCGUUUAGGGUUUAUAUUGGAAUAUUCAGAACUUCACAAAAUUUCUCAAGCGCUGGACAGAUCUCACAGUACGCCCGCUACAACAUGCAAGUCUCUCUCUGUCUAUAUAUAUGCGCGCACAUACUUACAUAUAUUAUUUUGGUGAAGGGUAUGUGGAAAUGCAUUUGGGGGGCUUUUGUAUAUAUAGAAGCAGUAGAAUGGAGUGGCAUCUACUGCCAUCCGUUCAUCAAAUUUAUUGACUUGGAUUUGGUUCUUCGGUAACUCAAAUCGAUCUGGGAAUUUCGAUUUGGGUUACUGAAGAACACGACUAGUAUGGGAAGAUGAUAUAUUCAACAGGCAUAUAACAAAGUGAAAUAUUAACGGCUAGGUCUUGGUAGUAAUUAAGUUGAUAGUUCAGGGUUUAAUCAAUUUGGCAUAAUACAAAAUGGAUAUAUCUGUUUCAAUUAGUUAUUUUUACACAAUUGAAACAUACCGUAUAUUUUUUUGCACAAAAUGCAUUAGUUUUAUCAAUGUUCUUGAAAAUCGUGGUAUGCAAAUUGAAUUCAAUGACCAACUGACUGAUUGAAUUAGUAUUAUCUUUUUAAGAUUCCAGAAAUGCUGUCGGAAGAAGCGGACGAGGAGGAUUUUCUUACCUUAAAAAAGGUUGAAGAACACAAGCUCCACAGACGCUAGAGAUAUGUAUAUAAGGAGUGCAAUGUCACAUGGACAUCUCAAUUGUGUGAACAACCCAUGUCUACUUAAAGAUGACACUGGUGUGGGCAUGAAAUAUGAAUUCUUCAUGCCUUCCUUUGGAUGCUCAUGCAACAAGCAAUCUCUACAAAGGAUAAAAGGAACAUAUUCCUUACUCAUUGCUUAAGCAAGAGGAUGAGCAUGAAUGGAGCAUGCAGUAGCUCUGUGUGGACUAGGGAGCAGGAUAAAGCAUUUGAGAAUGCUUUGGCAAUCUAUUCUGAGGAUUUGAGUGAUCGAUGGGAGAAGAUUGCGGCAGCAGUUCCUGGGAAAACGCUUGAGGAGAUCAAACAUCACUACAAUAUCUUAGUUGAAGACGUCAAUGCAAUUGAGUCUGGCUUAGUGCCUUUGCCUUCCUAUGUUUCUUCUUUUGACGAUUCUGCAAAUCAUGCAGGAGAUGUCGGUGUUGGUAAGAAGAGAAGCCAGUCUCGGCAAAUGCAAAGUGAUUCCAGCCAUGGAAGGAAGUCAUCAACAUCAUAUCAAGAACGGCGGAGGGGGAUAGCUUGGACAGAAGAGGAACAUAGGUUAUUCCUCCUGGGCUUGGAAAAGCAUGGAAAAGGUGACUGGAGGGGCAUAUCUCGGCACUUCGUGUUAUCUAGAACACCUACGCAGGUGGCCAGUCAUGCACAGAAAUAUUUCAUUCGCUUAAAUUCAGAAAACAAAGAAAGGCGACGAUCAAGCAUCCAUGACAUAACUAGCGUGGAGAAUAGAGAUGCAGCAGCUCUGCUAGGGCUAAUCAGAGGGCAAAAAGAUGGACUUCCUGCAGGGGGGUCCUCCAGUGGAUAUGGGAAGCCACCACAACCUGAUGCACCCAAUGCUGGCCUGUUUGUUCAUCCUACUAUUGGCCAACCACUUCACGGACCUCUUAUUCCAGCAGUUGGCACUCAAGUGAAUCCCCCUUACCCAGGACAGAUGGUUUGUGGUGUCACUGCGCCAAUUCCUGGAUCACACAUUCCUUCUGCCCCAACAAACAAGGCUUCAAUGACAUUUCCGAUGCCUUGUUCAUCAAAUUGGAAGGGACCGGGCUAUUAACUAGUGUUAGUUUCAGCUCUAGUUUGCUGAGCGAUGAGCAGAGUCUCUCUCUUUCAACUUUUGGGUCACCAAUUUGCGUUUGGAUUGUUGUCACAAGUUAUUGACCUUAGGAAGUCUAAGAAAAUAUGUAUUUUGCAUAGACAACUAUGGAUGUCAGUAAUGUAAAACUGGUGGAACUCUCUUUUUUCUUAAACUCCAUAAUUUGUUGUUGUGAAAAAACUGUUUUUGUUCAUUGCUUUAUGUUGCAGUAUAAAGAGCAUGGUCAUAUGUCGAUUAUAGCU